CUUGGCUCAACUAAAUCAACUCGUGACUAUGCCUAAUCCCAUCAGAGCUUUCUGUAGUAGUUACCUUACGUGGCUGAAGUCUAAUGCAGGAGUAGCAAUGGCAGAAACAUGCGCCAAAUUCUUUGAAACAAAAAAAACGCAUAAGCAAUCGGUUAUCAUCAACAGCACUACUGAGGAUGUGAUAUGCCUUAACGCAAUAACUGAUAUCUUCCAAGCCCAUUUGCAAUCAGAGUCUGUUCCGCCUGCACCCAAAAUUCCACCUCGAACUUCCAGAGAUUUAACACUAUUGAUGUCAACUCCUAAUAAGCGACCAUACGAGAAGGAAGAACUUCAGCA